AUGUCCAUAUAUACCGAUAAUAAUCCACCACCGUUUCUUCCGCCAUGUCAUCACAGACAACCGCCAACGCCGAUCCGCCUGUGGAUCUUCGGGUACGGGCUGCAGUGCCUGCUGCACGUGGUGCUGGUGUGGCUCGAGUACCGCCGCCGGAACCAAAGGAAUUCGCGGCGUCAGCGAAGGACGAGUGGCAUAGAAAGCGAGGAUGUUGAUAGCUUUGAGGAUGCCAACGAUAGUGACGAUGAUGAUGUUGGUGAUGGAAACUCUUCUCACUCCGGAUUCACAAAACGAUGUGAGUCGUUUAAUACGGGGAUUUCAUUCCUUUGGUGGAUAGUGGGCUUUUACUGGGUUGUCUCUGGUGGUGAUAUACUUCUGCAAGAUGCCCCACGCUUAUACUGGUUGGCUGUUGUGUUUUUGGCAUUUGACGUCUUCUUUGCUAUCUUUUGUGUUGUUUUGGCAUGCUUAAUUGGCAUUGCCCUCUGUUGUUGUUUGCCUUGCAUCAUUGCUAUUCUCUAUGCUGUUGCAGGACAGGAAGGUGCGUCAGAGGCAGAUCUCAGUAUAAUUCCAAAAUACAGAUUUGAAAUUUUAAGCGAUGAGGAAAAGCCUACUGGGGGAGCUGGGAGAAUGGUUCCCAUUGAAACCAGUAGUGGAUAUGUUGCAAACGAACGGACACUUUUGCCAGAGGAUGCGGAAUGUUGCAUAUGCCUUUGUCCUUACGAGGAUGGAACAGAGCUCCAUGCUCUUCCGUGCAAUCAUCAUUUUCAUUCUUUAUGCAUAGUGAAAUGGCUAAAGAUGAAUGCAACUUGUCCUCUUUGCAAGUACAAUAUUCUCAAAGGAAAUGAACAAGUGUGAUGAAAAGUAAAAGCCCUACUCAGUGUUUCCACGGCUGUUGUCUAUAUGUAUACAUAAUUGCCGGAGAAGAAAUCGUUGACCUCCCCCGUUGCGCGGCUGUGAUCAUUGUUCUGGUGUAAUGGUUCUGUAAAGGUUUUUGAAAGCACAGCAAUGUAGGGCAUUUAUAUAUGUAUAAGCUAGCAAAUUUGGUGAAUCUAGUGUCAUCUGUUAGGUCAUUUGAAAGUUGUCCUCUGUCUAAUUUGUUCGUAUGGGAGCAAUGGAAAUGAGGCGGUACUUUGAAGUUAUCCUUAGUGUAUCUUGUGGAACGUUGGUUAGUUUUCUGGCAAAAGAAUCCUUCAUUUGCUACAGGUUGUGAAUAACGUCUUCACUGCAUUAAGAAAUUAAGUUAUUUUAUCUUA